AUGAAGGCAUCGGCUGAAGAAAAUGUGGACUUGGACUGUGGACUGGAGGAAGAAGAUGACGGUUCUGAUGACCCAAAUCUGGAGCUGCAGCUCGACACUUUCAGAGCCAAGUGGAUGUCUGAACUCAAACCGAGCUGUGACACGAGGCUGCCGCGAGCUUCGAGUCAGAGGAGGACACAAGAAAAUGCUCGGGAGGAGAAGGCUGCAGAGUUGUACUUGAGAGCUGUGAAAGAAGAGCAGAAUGGAGCGUUUUAUGAAGCGAUCAAGUUCUAUCGCCUGGCUAUGCAGCUCGUACCUGAUAUCGAAUCAAAGAUCAACUACAGCCACUCUGAUGCUGAUCAAGCUGAAGGGAACUAUAGGGAGGAGGGGGACGGCGACGGCGACAUUGAAGAUCUGGUUGCCUACUUUGAUCACCAACUCACUUUUGGAACUUCCUUCCCCAAGAUUUGCUCUCCUGAGUUGGAGAAGUCUCAGAUGCACAUAUCUGCCUUGCCACGGGAGAUCCUAAUGUACAUUUUUCGUUGGGUGGUGUCGAGCCAUUUGGACAUGCGAGCCCUGGAACAGCUGUCGUUGGUUUGCCGCGGCUUUUACAUUUGUGCAAGAGACCCUGAAAUUUGGCGUUCAGCCUGUCAAAAAGUGUGGGGACACAAUUGCACCAAGCUCGGACACUACCUCUCCUGGAGAGAGAUGUUCUUGCAAAGGCCCCGCGUUCGUUUUGAUGGCAUCUAUAUCAGCAAGACGUCGUACAUUCGUCAAGGAGAGCAGUCUCUGGACGGCUUCUACCGCCCUUGGCACCAUGUCGACUUCUAUAGGUACCUGCGCUUCUUCCCUGAUGGCAGCGUGGUCAUGCUGACCACACCUGAGGAACCCCUCUCUAUUGUCUCACGCUUGCGCACUCAAAACGUCAGAAUGGACGCCGUAAAGGUCGGCCACUAUCGUCUGUCCCAGGAAACGGACAAUCAAACCAAAGUUUAUGCCGUCGUCCACAAGAGGAAGGAAGAGAAAUCAUCGGAUUUGCAAAAGAAUCGGUUCUACAGGCGGAACACCGCCCCCGAGGCCGAUCACACCUUCCACGUUGGACUCCUUCUCUCCUCUGUGGGGCGCCAGAGUUUUAAUAAACUGACGUGGAUGCAUCAUUCUUGCCACAUUACUUACAAGCUCACUGGGGAGACUGUUAUCAGUGCAUUCGACCUGAACAAGAUGUACACCCCCUUCAUCUUUGGACGAGUCAAGAGUUACACCGCGUUUUCAGAUCAGGCGCUCUAA